AUGCUCAAACGCCAUCGGCCUGGUGAGGCCUCUCGCUGCCUCCUCAUUCAUGCAACCAUCAUCACUGUCAAUAAACAUCGAGAUGUCAUUCUUGACGGCGCACUUCUCACACAAGACGGCCGCAUCUCGGCACUUGGCAAAACAACAGAACUUCUGGCCCAGUGUCAAUCGUCAAUACCGACAAUCCGGGUCAUCGAUUGCAGGGAUAAGAUCAUAAUCCCAGGUCUGGUGAAUACACAUGCACACCUCGCUCAGUCGCUCCUUCGAGGCUUGGCCGAGAAUUUGGACCUUCACGAUUGGCUCUGCGACGCGAUAUGGCCGUUGGAGGCAAACUAUGCUGCACAGGAUGGCUACGUUGCAGCCAUGUUGACGAUUGCGGAAAUGCUCAAGACCGGAACCACCUGCUUCCUGGAGGCCAUGCUGACACACCGAAGCGGGCUCGAUAACGUUGUCCGCGCCGUUGAGGAAACGGGCAUUCGGGCCUGCCUGGGCAAACUAGUCAAGGUAGCCGAGACGAAUUCGGACCUGAACCUGAAAGACGCGAGAGACCGCGAUGUCGCAUCCAUGUCUCUUUCGUCAGCAAUCGUCGCUCACGAGAAACAUCACGGAGCCUGCAACGGCCGGCUUCACAUAUGGCUGGCUGCCAGUACGCCAAGAGGCUCUCCCAGCUCAUCACAUGCAGCGGUCGGUGAAGCCGCCCAGAAGCAUGACAUCGGCUUGACUAUGCACUGCGCCGAAGCCCCGAAGGACCUUGAGAUCUACCGCCAGUACUACCAGUGCAGCCCCUUUCAGUUCUGUCAGGACGCAGGGCUGACGGGCGCCAAAAGCGUGUUCGCACACGUCGUCCAUCCGGACCAGGCCGCGGGUGACUUGGACAUCCUGAGCAAGAGCAAGAGUACGGUAAGCCACAACCCGACCAGCAAUCUCAAGCUCGGGUCUGGCGUCGCCCCCAUACCUGACAUGCUCGCGGCUGGAAUCAAUGUGGCCCUGGGAACAGAUGGAGCACCGUGCAACAAUGCAUAUGACAUGUUUCGCGAGAUGCAUCUGGCGUCGAUACUGCAUUGUGGCGUACGGCAUGAUGCCGGCCUGCUUGGCGCCUAUCAAGUGCUUGAGAUGGCCACCAUAAAUGGGGCACGUGCUCUCGGCUUGGAGCACCAGAUUGGAAGCCUGGAAAUAGGCAAAAAGGCAGAUAUUGUCGUCGUCCGCCCCAAGGGUUUGUCGACAGCGCCCUGGGAUCCUGAGCAAGUGAUUUUAGGUGGCAUCGACCCGAUUACUGUCCUCGUACACAGCCCCAGUACCGAGGUCGAAACAGUCCUCGUGGACGGCGAGAUACUAGUAGAGGGAGGAGAGUUGGUGUAUCUUGACGAAAGUAGGAUUAUGUCCCAGGCCAGAGAUAGUGUAGCUGGUAUUCGAAGCAGAAGCGGAGUGUCUGCUCAUACCCACACUCAGCUAAACUUCAUAUAA